AUGACCUCUUUCGCUCAGGCCCGUGGCGCAGGCAGGCUGGGCAAGUGUCGCGGUCUUCGUACUGCCAGGAAGCUCCGUAGCCGCCGACGAGACCAGGAGUGGCAUGAUAAACAGUACAAAAGAGCCCAUUUGGGUACAGCCCUGAAGGCCAACGCUUUUGGAGGUGAUUCUCAUGCCAAGGGAAUUAUGCUUGAAAAAGUAGGGGCCAAACAGCCAAAUUCUGCCAUCAGGAAGUGUGUCAGGGUUCAGCUAAUCAAGAAUGGCAAAAAAAUCACACCCUUUGUACACAAUGAUGGUUGUUUGAAUUUUAUUGAGGAAAAUGAUGAAGUUCUGGUUUCUGGAUUUGGUCGCAAAGGUCAUGCUGUUGGUGACAUUCCUGGAGUCUGCUUUAAGGUUGUCAGAGUAGCCAGUGUCACUCUUUUGGCAUUAUACAAAGGCAAGAAGGAAAGACCAAGAUCAUAAGUUUUGAUGAUGAAAGCACGAUAGUAAUAAAUUUUCAUAUGCCAGAUGAUGCUGGAGGCGGGACUGGACCUCCAGGUCAGGCUGCCCCAGCACACCCGUCAGAGAGGUCAUUACGGGCCACUGGCCCUGAAUUGUCCUUAAGGGAUAGCUAAGGUGAGACUAUUUCAGGAAUGAUCCCCAUGCCCUUUUACCUUGCAUCUCAAUUACCAAGCUCUCCAGGCAGCAGGAUCCAGCAUCCACGUUCCUCAGCAGUAACAUGUAGCUUUUAGGACAGACCUCAAAGAAGCCU